UCAGAGUGCUUCGUGGACGAGAAAAUACCCGAUACGGCUUCUGUAAACUGUCAAAAAAUUUAUUUUAAUUGGAAGUCUGGACCCCAAAUUUACAACUAUAUGGUAACCAUUUCCGGAUUUCGAUCUUUUAUUGACCUAUAUUGAUUUUCAAGUCGUUUCUUUAGGAUUAUUUAGUGAAUUAUUUCGACAUCUUGUCAGUUGUUUGUGACGUUUGUCUCGAGUGAUUGACCGAUUUAAUCCCAUACGAAACACUGUUUUACAUUUGGAAAAUCGAUGUUUUGGUACCAUCUGUAUUCGAGUGACAUUACUUCAGAAAUCACUGACUGUGGAAUUCCUGAAUCAUUAAAACAAUAUAAACUAGAUUGACGCUUCAAUGAUAGCGAGACGGCGUCAAACUGGUCAACACGCCACAUCUGAUGUCAAUUAUCAGGUAAACGGACAGAACAGAAACCGAACCAUCCAAGAUAGUCCAUCUCCAAAAUCUAGUCGUAAAACCCACAGGGAUAUAGAUACUGAAAUGACGUGUCGAGACCGUUCGAAUGAGUUUCUGUCAGCUGUCAAGAUACUUCAAUCGAGACAGGGAAAUGGUGUUGCUCCAAUUCGGCAAAGAAAAGACUUACGUGCAAAAAGUGAAUUCAAUGUGAUUGCAAAGAGAAUCGGCAAAGAUUUAGCUAAUACUUUUGCUAAAUUAGAAAAACUAACCCUUUUAGCAAAAAGAAAAUCACUUUUUGAUGACAAACCUGUGGAAAUACAGGAGCUAACGUACAUUAUAAAACAAGAUAUCAAUGGACUGAAUAAACAAAUUGCUCAACUUCAGGAACUGUCACGGGCUCAGAGAGCACAAAAUGGCAAACAUGUCCAAACACAUUCCAAUUCUGUGGUGGUGGCACUACAGUCAAAAUUGGCAAGCAUGUCAAAUGAAUUUAAACAAGUUUUAGAGGUUCGAACGGAGAACUUAAAACACCAGAAAGAAAGAAGGGAACAAUUUUCUCAAGCUGGGGCUUCCACGAGCAUGCCACCAACAACUAUGGCUGGUCAGACGAAAUCUGUCUUGUUUGAGGAAGAAAACCGGCAAAAUGGAGAUUAUGCUAUUAAUAUGGAUGGUAUGGAUAAAACACAGUAUCAGAAUCAAUUGACAUUGGUGGAUGAACAGGACUCUUAUAUACAGAGUCGUGCGGACACAAUGCAGAAUAUAGAAUCCACAAUUGUAGAGUUGGGAUCCAUUUUUACGCAGCUGGCUCACAUGGUACAAGAACAAGAAGAGAUGGUUGGACGAAUUGAUUCAAAUGUUGAGGACACACAGUUAAAUAUUGAAGCUGCACACAGUGAAAUAUUAAAAUACUUUCAAUCUGUUACAUCAAAUCGCUGGUUAAUGAUAAAAAUAUUUGGUGUUUUAAUUGUAUUCUUUAUAAUAUUUGUAGUUUUCAUGGCCUAAAUUAAAAUUUAACAAAUUGUACAUGUAAGGUAUAUUUAUUUAAUGAACAUUGAACAGUGACAAAUUACAAUGUUGACAUUCAUGAAUGAACCGGUUUAUACAUUAUUUGUUGAAUAUACAUGAUUGUCUAUGUACAGUGUUAUCAGUCAUUAUCUGUUAAUGCACCUUGGCCAGAUCCAUGUCAAGGGAUUUAGUGGACUGAUGGAAAUGCCAAAGUGCAUUAAUGAGAAUGAAAAAGAAAUUGGGAAAACUUAUCAAUGCAUUAUUAUUGACAAAUCAGUUAUAUAUUGUAUAUGUAUUGGUUUUCAAUAGUAUAUACAUGUAUGCUUUGCUUGUUUGUUUUAUCAAGAGUCUUAAAAUCAGCCUUGGCGAUAUCCUAGUGGAUAUAUAUUAAUUCAAAGAUACAUAAUGUGUCUUUAAGGAAAGUUCAACUUACUGAAAUUUACCAAAAAUCCUUAAUAAAUUCAAUGUAUUGCUGUUAGAUAUCCAAAAUGUUGUUCAGAAAAAUACAGCUAAAAAAUUUAGGUAACAUUUUAAUUUAUGUAAAUUUGUAAAUGUACAUAUGCAUGUAUUGAUUAAUAGCAUGAAACAUGGAUGUACAUUUGUAUAUAAUGUUCUUAUGGUAUAAUAUUGUUUUAUUAUUUGGGAAAAAAUAAAUCAGAAUAAUGUUUAAUUCAUGAUUAUAAUGCACAUAUAUUUAGAUUAUGGUAUCGGUUCAUUCACUGUGUACAUUUUAUAAGAUUCUGAUUAUGUACACUGUAAACUUACAGCCCAGUUGUAUGAAUGAUGAUAUUCUGUUGGAUAUACAUGGCUAGAACAUGCAGUGUGAUUAGUUCUAUCAAACAUCAGCAGUGGGGUAUCCCAAGGAUAUCAACAAAAUGGUUUCAUUAUUGAAUUACUGUAUAGUAAUUUACAUAAUAUUAAUUCCCUGGGAAUACCCCACAGCUAGUGUAAAGUGCAAAUGACUGCCUUUAUAUAAAUAAUCAAAGUUUGUUUCAGGGUUUCAUUUCAUAGUAAAAGAUUUAAAUCAGUGAGAAACUUAUAUAUCAGUUUCAUCAUAGUUAUAUUAAUAUUAAUAAAAUCUAAAUUAUUAUGCCCCUGGUUCAGUAUUUUGGACUUCGUCUACAAUGUAUGGUAUCUUAAGGUUGAUCAUGCUUAUGCACUUAACUAUAUAUCCUCUAUUCAUUACUGUUACUUUCACAUGUAUUUCUUCGGAACAUUAAGAUUUUAUGAAAAUCAUCAUAAACAUGUAUCAUACAAUCAUAUGUAUUGGUAAUUUGAUCUGUUUAAUAGGACAUGCAUGUCUUCACAUAAUUAAACAUUUAAUUUAGGCUGAGUCCUUCUCAUCUAUUUGGGUUGUGGAACACACUAUACAAACACACCUUAUAUUAACUCAGUGACUCUUUUCAAGUUUUCAAUUCAUGCUUUCAAAGAGGGUAAUUCUGGUUUCCAGACUGAUAUAUGUUAAUUAAGUUGAUAAUAUUAUAUGUAUUUAUUUCUAGCUACUUCUGCUACAUAGGAAUUUACAUCUUUCAUAAGUUCAAAUAUCUAAGUUAAUUACAUCCAUAUCCAUUUGUAUUUUUAUCAUUUUUAUUUUGUUUUCAGUUCUUGUGUAGUGUUUUUACUUGGUACCCAGUUUGGCUUGGUACUCGAUAAUAGGCUUUAAGUCCAAAUAAUAAUUAUAUACCGGUAUGAAUAAAAAAUUACCAAAGCAAAUCCUGUUACAGUAAUAAUAUCCAUGUAUUUUAUAGCUCGAAAACAAUGAGUUGAAUCCAGACUUCUUUAGCUUCAUGCUAAGCACUUUGUCAGAAGCUUUCAGAGUAGUGAAGAUUCCAAUGAGAUUUUAUAUUUAAAACAUUGUCAACUCUUGAGUAUAACUAACAUAAACUCUUGAUUUGUCUUCCAGUUGUACAGUUAAUCCUUUAUCACCUGGCCUGCCUGAAACUACUGCUCUCUGUAGUGUCUCAAACUUUCUGAGUCACGUGUAUAGCUGUGAAUUAUGUAAGGACUAUGAACAGUAGCUUCAGGCAGUUUCGAAAAUACUGAAUGUAUAAAAGAUCAUGUUCCUCUAUUUGGACCAGAAACUGGUUCCUAAGUGCUACUUGUCUUGUAUUUCAUCUUGGGGUGGUGCUCUUCGCAAAAAAAGCCUAUGGCUCUGCCCAUUCAAGUAUGAUAAACAUGAAACUUGGCAUGCUUGUUCCUUAGACAUUUGUGAAUCGCUUGUCUGACUUUGAUUUUUGAUAUGAUGUCACAGUUUGAAGAUGGCGGCUAUGACGUUUUCGGUACCUGGUCGAUAUAGUACUAUCUGGGGUAGUCAGUAUUUACGUGUACCAGGUAGUAAAGGUUUAUGGCUACUUGAAAUUACGAUAAAUAUUUUCUUGAAAGAUAAGAAAUUAUUUAGAUCAGACUUGUUUUAGUUUUGUUGAAUGAAUUUAAAUAUGAACACAUUGUAUUUUAUGUUUUUAAUUAUGGGGAGGGGGGACUGUGUGAGUAAUUUGUAUAUAAUUAUUAUGUAAAUAAAAUUGUACAUUUCUUCUGCUGUAAAUAAACAUGUUAAAUCUUUUCAAA